AUGGGGAUCCUUUCAGCAUUCACGCUGAUCCGGACGGUAUCUCUGUUCCACAUCACAGCGGCGUACUUCCUCCUCACGGCGCCGAAAAUCCUCUCGGACCAGAAUGUGGUGUAUAUGCUCGGAGAGGCCAUGAGAAUUUCUCACGCGACGACCCUCGACAAGCCCAGCGAAGCGUCUGCGUUCGCCGGCAUACUCCUCGCGUUGCUCGGGAUCUCAGAUCUGGCCGCGGCCUCAAUGAACGAGCUCAUCGCUCUGGAAUACUGGCUAUACAACGUGCAGACUCGACUCAUGUUCUUCUUCGGGCUUACGGGCUACGUGUAUCUGUUCAAGGAAGAUGGCAUGCUCGGCAGCGGCGAUGCGACCAAGCUUGGGAUCGGAGAGCCUCUGCAGAACAGCUUGGUGUUCGCAUUUGGCUUCUUCGAGAUCGGUUUGUGGUUUUGGAUCUUCACCAGCUUGAGAGAAGAGAGAGAUACUCUGGCGCGGAAGCGUAUGGAGGAGCUCAAAGCCAAAGAGGAUUUCGAGAGACGUCUCUAG